GUGGGGCUCGGCGUGGCCACUGUCAAGGCCAACAUCACGCCCUUCGGCGCGGACCAGGUUAAAGAUCGGGGUCCAGAAGCCACGAGAAGGUUUUUUAACUGGUUCUACUGGAGCAUUAACUUGGGCGCAAUCCUCUCGCUGGGAGGCAUUGCCUACAUUCAGCAGAACGUGGGCUUCGUGGCCGGCUACCUGAUCCCCACUAUCUGUAUCGGCGUGGCCUUCGUGGUCUUCCUGUGUGGCCAGGGCAUUUUCAUCUCCAAGCCUCCCGACGGCAGCGCCUUCACUGACGUGUUCCGGAUACUGAUGUUCUCAUGUUGCGCCCGGCGGCGAGGCGGGGAGCGCCCGAGUAGUGGUGAAGGCAUUGGAGUCUUUCAGCAAUCUUCUAAACAAAGUCUGUUUGAUUCAUGUAAGAUGUCUCAUGGAGGGCCAUUUACAGAAGAUAAAGUGGAAGAUGUGAAGGCUCUGGUCAAGACUGUCCCUGUGUUCUUGGCUUUGAUCCCUUACUGGACAGUGUAUUUCCAAAUGCAGACGACGUACGUGCUGCAGAGUCUGCACCUGAGGAUUCCCGCCAUUUCAAGCAUCACAACCACCCCUCACACGUUCCCGGCCGCCUGGCUGACCAUGUUCGACGCCGUGCUCAUCCUGCUGCUCAUCCCCCUCAAGGACAAGGUGGUGGACCCCGUCCUGCGGCGGCACGGCCUGCUGCCGUCCUCCCUGAAGAGGAUCGCCGUGGGGAUGUUCUUCGUGAUGUGCUCCGCCUUCGCCGCCGGGAUCCUGGAGAGUAAACGACUGAACCUCGUGAAGGAGAAAACCAUUAACCAGACUAUCGGCAACGUGGUCUACCACGCCGCGGACCUGCCGAUAUGGUGGCAGGUUCCCCAGUACGUGCUCAUCGGGAUCAGCGAGGUCUUCGCCAGCAUAGCAGGCCUCGAGUUUGCGUACUCAGCCGCCCCCAAGUCCAUGCAGAGCGCCGUGAUGGGCUUGUUCUUCUUCUUCUCUGGCGUGGGCUCAUUCGUGGGCUCAGGGCUGCUGGCGCUGGUGUCUCUCAGGGCCAUUGGGUGGAUGAGCAGCCACACAGACUUUGGCAACAUCAAUGGCUGCUAUCUGAACUACUACUUCUUCCUCCUGGCUGCCAUUCAGGGGGCCACCCUCCUGCUCUUCCUCGUCGUCUCUGUGAGGUACGACCGCCAGCGAUCGAGAGCAAGCGCAGUGCUGGCCAGCGGGAGGGCCUGACGGCCCGAGGCCCCACGUAUGUGGUGUCCGAGACUCGGGCCAGAGUGCUGGCGGGGUGCGCCAGGAAGGGGCCCGGCUGGGAAGGCCACCCUCGGCCCUUCCGUACCUGCCUGUCCCUGGACGGCUUCCUUCCUCUUCUCCCACCCAGUGAGUUGGUCCUGGACUGUGGCUGGGCUCCCAGUGCGUGGGGGCUCCCGCAGGAGAGGGGCAGGUUCCAGGUACGUCGCCUCACCAGGAAAGGCCUCUGCUCGCCCUUUGCGGUGCUUCCUCUUCACCCAAACCCCGACGGGGCGUCCUGGGAGAGGCACACGGCGGGCCGCAUCCCUUUGUCUUCAGGAGCUUCUCCCCAAGGGCCAUGUGCGCUGACGUUUUUUCUGUUUAAUUAAUGCACAUCUCACAGAGGAAGAGGAGAAUUUUUUCUUUUAGAGCUAAAACGGACGCCAGACGCUGCAGGGACUGUACAGCAGCGACGUUGUGGUCCCCAAGCCACACGGCUCGCCCUUGUCCCGGUGUGCGGCGUAGGCUGGUAGCGAGUGUAUGUUGUCUGCUGCUUCAAAACAUACUUAUUUUUAAACCAUUGACAUUGCUUCUCUUGUUUUUAAGAAAACACACAUCAUGAGAACGUGUGUGCUGUCUUGAGCCACAGGACAGCCAGAGGGUGGUGUAGGCCUUCCCUGGCCAGUCCUGGGUGCCAUUUUAUUUGGGUACUACUGAGACUAAAGGCUGAUCCUGGCUGGGCGAGGAGAGCACUCUGGACAGAGUCUAAUUAUAAAUAACCUGACUAGUUGCCGACUUUUACACUGUUUUACAUGUACCCCAGGGCCGUACGUGUGCUCAAUAAACUGCUGUGUGUUCGUGUA